AUGUCGACUUCAGGAGGUCCCACUCCACCCUUCACCACCCUGUCGGUCACCCACCCAGCCAAUCACAUCACUCCUUCGAAUGCUUUAAUCAGAUUGCUGAAGACUCAGAGUGCCGUGUGGUCUCGGGUGCAGGGAAAAUCUUCACUGCAGGCAGAGGAAGCUCAGCGAAAGCUUAAGAGACAGAAUGGAGAGGACCCAGCCCUGCCUCCAUUCUGCCCACUGUUUGCCAGCUUGGGAAACAUUCUGCAGUGUGACGUGCUGCUUGGCAUGCUGGGAGCUGUGCUGCAGUGGGCUAUGGAGCCCAGUGGAGGACACUGGUCUGAGUCCAUGCUGCAGAGGGUGCUGCACUUGAUAGGCAUGGCUCUGCUGGAGGAGCAGCAACAGCUAGAGAACAUUGGGGAUGACGAUGAAGUUACUUUCAACUUCACCCUCAAAAUCUCCCGUCCCGGUGAAGCCCCCGGCAACACUCUAAGCAUCCUGGCUCUGUUAGAGACCUUGCAGUGCGCGCCUCACUUGGAAGCGCACAAAGACAUGAUUCGCUGGAUCCUUAAAAUGGUGGUUAGCAUUAAAACGAUGCGUGAGCGCACAGCUGCUGCACCUCCCUGUGAAGGAACAGGGCAUUGUCACAAGGCGUCCGUCUCUACUUGGUACAGCCCCAGUUCAUGUGACAGUGCUCUGGUGUGUAUGGGACCUCGUCGUUGGCGUGCCAGAGGAGGAGAGAGGAGGCAAAUGGAGAUGUGUAUCCUGUGUCACGAAGCGCAGGAGAUCCUACCUGAUGGCACCGCCAUGGUGCUCGCUGCCUUUGUCCAACGCUCUACGGUCAUGUCCGAGAUCCGCAAAAGACCCCCUCACAAUCCAGAGAGCUAUGAUCCCCUCUUCAUGCACCCUGACCUGUCCUUUGGUACCCAUACCGGCAGCUGUGGCCACAUCAUGCACUCUCACUGCUGGCAGAGAUACUUUGAGACACUCCAGAGUCAGGAUGCGCAGUGGCUGCAUGAGCAAACCAGUUGCGAUGUAGUGAAUGGGGAGUACUUGUGUCCACUCUGUAAGUGUCGCAGUAACACUCAUUCCUCUCCUGCCCCUCACUGAGACAAGUGGAGUUGCUCUGAAUCCGGACCGCUUAAUAUUUUAACCAUUGCAUUGGCGAAUUAGUUGUAGUGGCUCUGUAACCAAUGCAAGCUUGCCUAUGAAAUGCCAUGGAAGGGUACAGAAUGACACUGUAACAGUGCAUACCCCAUUCCAUUAUUCCUCUUAUUUAUUUAUAUAUUUUAUAGCAA